AUGCCGAGAAGAUCCCCCAUUCCGUGGAUCGACCGGGACAGCAAUCUGCGCUGGUAUGAUCCAGACGGCGGCCACAGAAGGCGUUAUGAAGAUGAUCAAGGUACCAGCUACAAGAAGACCCCCAACUCCAAAGGACACUCGGUAAGAUUCUCAGGCUCGACCAGAGGAGGUUCCAGCGCCACCAGCGAUCAUGGCCGGGGUCGGCGCAGGCGGCGAGGAGAGGAUCCCGAACAGCGCGCCCUCUCGGCCGUCUUCGCCGGCGUCCACCCCCCUCGGACCAGCGACCGCGCAUACCGCAACUCGGGCCGCUCGUGCAUCAACAUCGAAGGCCCCUUUUACGACGAAGACUUCGACCGCUGGGACUACUACGACAUCAGCCGGCCCGGCCGGCCCAGGAGGCUGGACUACUGUCGGCACGGCGAGGUGGAGGUCGCGUGUCUGUACUGCAACGGCAGCUACGGACACGGGCAUGGAUAUGGAAGGGGAGGCAGAGGACGGUCCCCGUCGAGAGGACCAAGUCGGAGCCGAAGCCGGAGCCGGGAUCGCCGUCGGCGUCGUCGUCAUCGUCACGGCCGCGAUCGCGACCGCUGGCCCCAUGAUGGCGACGAGAUCAUAGCGUGCUACACGGGCGACUUGGACUACGACUUUGGACCCCCGCGCCGGUCCUCGAGCAGACACGGUCGCCGCCGACCACGACCAGGUCGGAGCUGGGCUCCCGAUCGCGAAUGGGGGUUCGGACACGGCGGCUGCGGCCUCGAGCCGAUGUACGACUUUGACCUCGACGUUGACUUUGACUUUGAGCACGACUUUGACUACGACUACGACCAUGACUUUGAUUAUGGUUAUGACUAUGAUUACAACCACGACUAUGACUACGAGGAUGGGAGGCGCCGUAGAGGCAGAGACAGAAGAGGAUCGCGAAGGGACCGGGACCGGGACGUGAGAGCGGCGGACGCCCUCUGGCGCGAAAUGGACAGGAUGGAACUGCGGGCCGACGACGCUGAGCGCUGGUUGUGGAGGGAGUACGGCGGCUGAGCGAAACCCCAUGCCUAGCUAGGUACGGGGUAUAAAACGCCCGAGUUCUGUUGACGCCCGGAUAGAGCGCGCCUGUCUCUUGUACAUAGUGUGCUGUGAUGGAUCAUGCAACGCGAGUAUUUCAUUGUUUUAAGAGUCUGAAAAGGGGGGACCGUGCCUUAUAUGUGCUCUGGUCUAGGAUUAGCAAAGACCAAAGAGCGAAGAGCGAAGGCAAGACGCCAAGACGAACAAACAAGGGGUAGAACCAAGGCACGAAGCAUUGGUCGGCGUCGCAAGGCCUCGUUGCUCUAUUUUUGAAAGGCGAAAGACUACUAAUUAUCUCGGUCUCCCAUAACGGGCAUCUCAAG